AGGAAAUUAAAAUAAAAACAAUUGUUUUCAAAUUUAUAAAUUAUAAGCAUCAUCAUUUGUCUCUUUCCACCACAUUUUAAAACCCUCCAAGACUCUGAAGCCUCCUUCAAGCAAAAUCUCACCUUUUCUUCGACCUCUGCAACAAUCUCUGUACAUAAAAAAAAAAAAUCCCAAAUCAAAAACCCUAAAUCCAACAUGGGUCUCAGCAAGGAAUUAGAGAAGAGCAACAACAAAACCAGAAGAUGUUCUUCCCUGUGGAGAAGUAUAAAGACAGUGUUCGUUUUGUUCACCAUGUUCUUGUCCUUUCUUCUGUUCUCUGCUCCGAUUCUCCUCGCCGUCGCCGACGCCGUCGUCCCUUCGGCCAUCCUCUCCGCCGCCUACAUCCGCCGUGAUUCUCCGCCGUCGAUCUCUUCUCUUCCUCUUCCGGCGACUCUCCCUUCCCACCUGAGCAGCUAUGAUUUCCGAUACUGUCUCAUCGACAUACCUCUCGUCUCCAUCGUUAGAUCCGCCGUUAUACUCUGCGUUUACGGAUUCUGCGACGGGCCGAUGCUGUCGCGAGGUCCGUAUCUAACAAUAACGAUGAUCUGCUCGAUUUUGUCCUUGAUCUACGUGUCGUUGAAGGCCGCGUUCGUGUUCGGAGAACCGGCGGCCGAAGUCUCCGGAGGCGGAGGCGGCGGAGGAUAUUUCCGAGCCGCCGAGGUCGCUCUGUUCGUAUCGUCGUCGGUCUUAGCCGUUGGUCAUAUCAUUGUGGCAUAUCGAACAAGUUGCAGAGAAAGAAGAAAGCUCCUUGUCUUCAAAAUCGACAUCGAAGCCGUUUCAGCUUGUAAAAAGGGGUUCCCAAGAUACCAAAAGAUCCUCCAGCAAGAGAGAAUCAGAUAACACAUUUUUGAAGCAGUUUUUUCAAUAGACACAUCUACACAUGUACAUACACAUCUACAUACACAUACACAUACACUCUCAUAUACAAUAUACAUACAAGAAGAUGCAACCUCUUCUGGGUUUGGUGUUUGACCCAUCAACUGCUUCGCUUCCAAGUUUCAGAACGGUCCAAAGGAUAAUCUGUGAAAGCGGGACGAACAGAAAGUGAAUGGGGCCUAACGUAUGUUCUGUAAAGAAGAGUACAAUACAAAAGACAACUUGGUGAAUUGGCAGUUGUUAUAAUUUUUAAAAUUUUAAAUAUCUUAGGGAUAAAAUAUUUAGCUUAUAUUUAAAAAAAAAACAUAUAGGAGGUUAUCGGUCAAUCACCCUAUAUAAUUUGUCUUUUUGUAUACACCUGAGUUCAUCAAUGUGACAAAGAAGCCCAAGGCAUCUUUUUCUUCAAUCUUCUUAUGGAUAUGUAAACAAAUAAAUCGAAAUAAAAAUAAAAAAUUCAAAUA